GCAACACCACGACCACGGUCUCGAUACCCUUCUCCCAAAUCACCCGGAAGCAAAUCGUUCGCCAUGUCUGAGAAGUCCCACCGUCUCUAUGUCAAGGGAAAGCACAUUUCCUAUCAGCGAGGAAAGCGCAACACCAACCCCGGCACUUCGCUUUUGAAGCUCGAGGGUGUUGACAACACCGAGGCGGCAAACUGGUACUGCGGCAAGCGCGUAGCCUACGUCUACCGUGCUCAGAGGGCCAUCCAGGGCUCCAAGAUCCGCGUCAUCUGGGGCAAGGUCACCCGGCCACACGGCAACAGCGGUGCCGUUCGCGCCAAAUUCAGGUCCAACCUGCCUCCCAAGUCUUUCGGUGCCUCCGUCCGCGUCAUGCUUUACCCUUCUUCGAUAUAAUCCCCGUCACGACUCUGGGUAUGGAAACGAACGAUAGAUGAGCGAUGGAGUGGAGGGUGACACGGCGCAAAACUCGGGCGAAGAGCGAGAGAAUGGCAGCAGAGACAUUCAUGCUCGUCCUCUUUCUCAUGGCAUGUUCAGGCUGGUUCACGGUGUCAUUGUUUUCGGAAAAUCCAUGACAAUGGCGAAAUCAAUCAAGAUUCCUUCCAAGAUCAAUCAAAAAUGAU